GUAUAUAAGGAGGCGCUUGGGAUAGGCAUCGGACAAUCGAUCCGAUCCUUCUUCAGACAUGUGAUAGAAGAUCGUAGCGGUGACAAAAAUGAUCGCCGCGCUGACUGUUUCUUUUGUAAUUCUAUUGAUAGAAUUUUCUGUUCAAGCCCAUGGUGGGUUGCAGAAGGGGUUCUAUUCUUCCACCUGUCCCAGAGCGGAGGAAAUCGUGAGGUCAACUGUCGAGAAGUACUUCAACGGAGACUCCACCAUCGCCGCAGGCUUGCUGAGACUGCACUUUCACGAUUGUUUUGUGCAGGGUUGCGAUGGAUCAGUUUUGAUUUCCGGGGCUUCUGCGGAGCGAAGCGCGGUGCAAAACCUUGGGUUGAGAGGAUUCCAAGUUGUGGACGAUGCUAAAUCGGAGUUGGAGGCAACGUGCCCGGGAGUCGUCUCUUGUGCCGACGUACUUGCAUUAGCUGCUCGUGAUGCUGUGGAUCUGAGUGAUGGACCGAGCUGGUCGGUGCCGUUGGGAAGAAGAGAUGGUCUGGUUUCAUCAGCUUCGGAUGCCACGAGUUUACCGUCGCCGACCGAUUCCGUAGCUGUGCAGAGACAAAAGUUUGCUGACAAAGGCUUGACGGAUCAUGAUCUCGUAACGCUAGUUGGAGCGCAUACCAUUGGUCAAACGGCUUGUGUGUUCGUCCGGUAUCGGAUCUAUAACUUCACAGCCACCGGUAACGCUGAUCCUACAAUCAAUCAAGCCUUCUUGGGACAACUUCAAGCGAUCUGCCCCCAUGAUGAUGCCGAUUUUUCCAACCGAGUCGCCCUCGACAAAGGUAGCAUGACUAAGUUCGACGCGAGCUACUUUAAGAACGUGAGGGAUGGCAACGGAGUGCUGGAGUCGGACCAGAGACUCUGGGAAGAUGACGCAACCCACGACAUUGUCGGCAACUAUGCCGGAAACUUACGCGGCCUCUUGGGUCUGAGGUUUGCCUAUGAGUUUUCUAAGGCCAUGAUCAAGUUGAGCAGCGUUGGUGUCAAAACGGGGACAGAUGGACAGAUCAGAACGACAUGCUCAGAAUUCAAUUGACAAGUAUCAAUACAUAUAUACUGAACAGAGACCGUUUUCAAAUAUCUGAAGAAAGUAUAGUGAAGAGGAGACUGGUCCCCGUUCGAGUGGGAUAUGAA